AUGGGCCUGUUGUCUAGAAAAGCCACGUGCAACUCUCACGGCCAAGAUUCUUCAUACUUCCUAGGGUGGCAGGAAUACGAGAAGAACCCAUACGAUGAGGUUCUCAAUCCCAAAGGAAUUAUUCAGAUGGGUCUUGCAGAGAAUCAGCUUUCGUUUGAUCUGCUGGAGUCAUGGCUGGCUAAGAACCCGGAGGUAUCGGCAUUCAAGAAAGACGGCAAAUCCAUAUUCAGAGAGCUGGCUUUGUUCCAGGACUACCAUGGUCUACCUCUCUUCAAAAAGGCACUGGUAGAUUUCAUGGCGGAGAUUAGAGGGAACAAGGUCACCUUUGAUCCCAACCAUAUAGUCCUCACGGCCGGUUCCACUUCCGCUAACGAGACUCUCAUGUUCUGCCUCGCCGAUCGGGGAGACGCCUUUCUCCUUCCUACUCCAUACUACCCUGGAUUCGAUAGAGACCUCAAGUGGCGAACCGGGGUAGAGAUCGUUCCAAUACAAUGCACAGGCUCCAAUGACUUCCAAAUCACUGAAUCUGCGUUGCUACUAGCUUACCAAGACGCCCAAAAACGUAACCUUACCGUAAAAGGCGUGCUGGUCACGAACCCAUCAAACCCAUUAGGCAUCACGAUGUCCCGAAAUGAAAUGAACCUUCUCAUUGACUUCAUCAGUGACAAAGCAGACAUGCAUUUGAUAAGCGAUGAGAUUUAUUCGGGGACGGUUUUUGAUUCUCCAGGCUUUGUAAGCGUCCUGGAAAUCCUGAAGGACAGAAACCUCCUCAAGGAUUCCGAUUCCAACGUCUGGAACAGAGUUCAUGUUGUGUACAGUCUCUCCAAAGACUUGGGCUUACCGGGUUUUCGAGUGGGUGCAAUUUACUCAGAAAACGACACCGUUGUGGCAGCCGCCACAAAAAUGUCGAGCUUCGGUUUGGUCUCUUCCCAGACUCAGCACCUUCUGUCUGCCAUGCUAGGCGAUAAGAAGUUCACCAGGAACUACAUCUCGGAAAACCAACAGAGGCUCAAACGACGACAAAAAAUGCUCGUUUCGGGGCUUCAGAAAGCCGGUAUUAGUUGCCUAAAGAGUAAUGCGGGCUUGUUUUGUUGGGUUGACAUGAGGCAUCUUCUUCAAUCCAACACCUUCGAAGCAGAGAUGGAGCUUUGGAAGAAGAUAGUGUACCAAGUGCGAUUAAAUAUUUCACCUGGUUCAUCAUGCCAUUGCACCGAACCGGGCUGGUUCCGCCUGUGCUUCGCCAACAUGUCGGAAGACACUCUGGACUUGGCCAUGAAACGAUUGAAGGCCUUUGUUGUGGAGUCCACCGGCGGCAACGGCAGCAGGAGGAGCGUCCACUCCUCUGCGAAGAGAAAGUCACUGACCAAGUGGGUUUUCCGGCUAUCCUCUCGUGACCGCGAACAAGAAGAUCGAUAGAUGGCUCGGUCACUGUGUGAACGCAUGCACCACUCACUUGACAUUUUUACCCCAAGAAUAUAUUUGGUGGAGUUUAAAAUAUUCUUCGAUGUCUUUUUUUAGGUUGACCAAAAUGUAGAGAGAGGGAGGGAGCACUCUGUCCAUGUGGAUGUGAAGUGUGGCUUUAGUCUAGGCUAGUGUGAUUUGGAUCAUUAGUUCCGCGCAUUAAAGAUC